AUGAUCAAGGAGUCCUGUGAUGCCAUGAGUCAGGCCGAAGGCGUGGUAUGGUUUUCCUGGCAAUGUCUCGAGAAUGCCCAGGAAACCAGUUGGUUUUUCGUGACAACCCAGGACACUGUUCUGGGAUCAGAGCAAGAUGACAUUGUGAUUCUGGUUCAAGGCUGUGUUUUUCUCAAAUUAAGCAUGGUGGUUGGACUUCUAAGCUACCAACAUCCUCCCUCAUUCUUCAUGGUGAUCUGGCGGUAUCUGUCCACUUGGUCAACCCCGUACCGCGGCGCAUCGGGUCUAGCAUCAAUUUCGCGCUCAGUUGCCCCUGUCUAUCUUGGCGAUCAUGGGUCUAUGAUACCACAACGUUUGCCGACUAAGUGCCGUGAGCCUGAACGGCACUUCAGUCCUCUGAAUGGCCUUUUCGUUGGCUCGUAUUUGUGA